AUGUGCAAGGUCGCGAUCACGAUCCCGUCGCUCGUCUGCCUGCGCCGCGCCGUGCGGCGGUGGCGGUCCCGCGCCGCCACCGCCUCCUCGCGCUCCGGCAAGGGGGCGGGCGCCGCCGCGGUGCCGGCGGGGCACGUGGCGGUGCGCGUGGAGGGCAGCGGCGACGGGUGCGGCGCGAGGCGGUUCGUGGUGCGGCUGGCGCACCUCAGCCACCCGGCGUUCCGGGACCUGCUGCGCCAGGCGGAGGAGGAGUACGGCUUCCCGGCCGCGCCCGGCCCCAUCGCUCUCCCCUGCGACGAGGACCACUUCCUCGACGUCCUCCGCCGCGUGUCCUCGUCCUCCUCCUCCUGCUGCGGGCCGGCCCUGCGCCGCGGGCGCGGCGACUCGCGGCCGCUGCUGCAGGGGAUGGCCGUGGAGAAGCUCGUGUGCUGA